AUGGGGCGUGAAACUGUCCUGGUCACGUUUCUACCCAUUCUACUAUUCUUUCUCAAGUUACCAUGUCCAAGCAGCGGCGCUCAGCAGUUCUGUAAUAUGACAAUCUUCACCAAUAUGCAAAGAAAUGGCUCCUGUGCAAACGCCGAUAUCUUGCUCAGUGAAGGCUUCAAACUUGCAACACUGGUGCUUCCACCUCCAGGUCAACCCUGUGUCUUUGAAAAAAUAUUUGUCGCCAACACUAUACAGUGCUGUCCGGGAUAUACUGGGACUGAUUGUACUAUACAGGUAAAUGACGCUUUUCAAUACUGUUAUGAGUCGUCAGUAUGCGAAGGUCCAAAAGUAUUUUGGUCGAAUGAGCAGCGGAUUUCACUUGGAGAUUGUUGUGGACAGCGAAGCAAUGGAUCGUGGGGUGGAGACAUUGAAACCUGCAUCGCUUGCAAUUUUCAAAAUUUUAAAACACUUAAUAGGACUCUACAGAUUGAUCCAAGUUGUCGAUUGACCGGAACUCAAUUUAUGAAGACCUUUGAUGGUAAUUUUUUCCCCUUACAAUCUGAUGUCUGCACCUACAACUUGCUGGAAUAUGGCAAGGAAUGGAUCAUAACUCUCACAAUACUAAACUGUCAAUCAAAACUUUCAUGCCGAAAAUCUUUGACAAUAAAGUUUGAAGAGAAAAUCUUGAUAGCGGAAGGUUUCACUGUCAGCCUUAAUGGUUAUGCUAUGGAUUUUUUGAAAGGAGAAGUCAAAGAUGAUGUUUUUGUCUAUAAACACAAUGAGUAUAUGGCAAUAGAGAUUUCAACAAUACCAAUUAAAAUUUUGAUGGACGAGAAAUUAUUUAUUCAAAUAACACCUAAUGAGAUAUUACUUGGUGAUCUUAAGUUGAAAGGUCUAUGUGGAGACUAUGAUAAAAACCCUUCCAAUGAUUUUAAAAGGCCAGACGGCGUUUACCUGAAGGAUUUUGAGGAAUUUGUUGAGGCUUACAUAACACCCCCAUACAAGUGUCUCACCAAUAAGUUUUCUUCUGAAAUGGAUAGCAGAUUUCCAGAAGCUAACAGUAUCUGUCUUUUGGCCUCACUGUUUGACAAGUGUCCACUUUUGAUUACAAAUCCAAUGCUCAAGUACCAUUGUUACAAUUCUGUGAGAGCAGCUGGAACCAAAGAAGAAUCAUAUCAAGCAGCUUGUACUGCAAUGGCAGAGAUUUCCUUUGAAUGCUUAUCAUUUGGCUCUCCGGUGCCAAACUGGAGGCUUAAUACACCUUGUAGACAAGAAUGUCUUUUUGGCAUGGUAUACAGUGAUUGUGCCCCACCAUGUCCCAAAACAUGUGCCAGUGUUUUAGGAAAAGAGAUUUCUGCAUGCAAUUUCUUCUGCACUCCUGGAUGCCAUUGUCCUGAAAAUAAAAUCUAUGAAAAUGGAAAGUGUAUUGAUCUACAAGAUUGUCCUUGUGAAUAUGAAGGGAAGAAAUUUCCAGCCAAAUCUCAAGUCAAAAUGGAAUGUAAUCUUUGCAUGUGUUAUAAGGGGAAGUGGACUUGUGAAGAAAGAAAAUGCCCAUCAACUUGUACUAUAUUGGGACGUAACACUAUUGUAACAUUUGACAAACUCACCUAUACUCUAGAACCUGUGGCUUGUGCAUAUACCCUUGUUCAGACAAAAGCUAGAAAUAAUAUUCUGAAAGUGUCUUUGGAAUUUACUUCAUGUAUGAAACCAUUUCUAAGCAUAUUCAAUUGUUCAGUUUCUCUUCGUAUUGAUAUACAAGAUAUUACUGCUAAAAUUACCCAGCAUGGCCUUUAUAUCAAUGGAGACUACAAUCCAAAACUGAAUUACAUGGGUAAAAUUAUUUCCAUAAUGAAAGCGUCCUCUCUCUUUUAUGUCAUUGAUGGACCAGAUUUCAAUAUUAUGUACAAUCCUGGAGAAGAGAUUUACAUGAAAUUUCAGUCAAGUUUUAGGAAAAAGGUUCAAGGUCUCUGUGGAAAUUUUGAUUCUAAUAUAAAUAAUGAAUUUGUUGGCCUUAAUGGAUUAUCUUUACACAAAACUAAGUUUACUCAGGAGUUCCUGGCAUCUUCAUGCUUCGCUGAUCAAAGAGAAGACAUUGAAAUAGAACCCUGUUCAGUAUAUGUUGAUAACCUAGUAACUGCCAAGCAAUAUUGUAGCUACCUUCAAGAAAGCCCUGUAUUUUUGCAAUGUCGUGAUACAGUUGCAAUCAAACCAUAUUAUGAUUUAUGCAUGAGAGAUAUAUGCGCAAGUGAAGUAUUCAGUUCAAAAGGAUUUUGUACUGCCAUGCAAUCCUAUACAAAAGAAUGUGCUGAUAACAAAAUAAUAGUGGACUGGCGAUCAAACAGGACUCUUAAUAAUUUAUGCGUUGUAAAGUGUCCUUCUGGAAGUGGUCAAAAGUAUACAUAUUGUGGAUCUUCAUGCCAAUCUUCUUGUAAUGAUCUUUCCAAAGAGGGAAUGCAAUGCGAAGAAGGAUGCAUAUUUGGAUGUCGUUGUCCCAAUGGAACAUUGUUGGAUAAUCGGAGAAAUUGUGUAGCAAUCGAUAAAUGUACAUGCUUCAAUAAAUUUGAACAGAAACACUACAAAGCUGGAGAAGUGAUCCAUAGGAGACAACUCGAUUGUACUUGCAUUCGAGGAAAAUGGAAGUGUGUGCCAACACUUGAAGAAGUUAUUUGUCCAAGAAACCAAAUAUGGAUUACAAAUGCAACUGGAUGCCAAGAAACUUGCUCAACUUUAUCCAAACCUGAAGAAUGCAUGGUUUUUGAAAAUGAAUUUGAAGGUUGUCGAUGUCCUAAGUAUUUAGUUCUUUCCCCAAAUGGAACUUGUGUCCCACCUGAGGACUGUCCAUGCCAAUAUGGAGAUACGUGGAUGAUUGCAAGGAGCAAGCUGAAAAUUGGCUGUAGUGAUCUAACAUGUACCAAUGGAGUAUGGAAAGAUGAAAGAAAAACAGAUAGUUGCCCAGCUACUUGCUGGGCAUCCGGAGAACCCCAUCACUCCACUUUUGAUGGCAUCCACUACAGUUUUCAUGGAAAUUGUGAAUAUGUCAUGUCUGAAUCAACGGAUGGGACGUUUUCUAUUACAACAAAAAACGUCAAGUGUGGUUAUCCAGCCGUAACAUGUACAAAGGAUAUAAUCGUUCAUAUUUUUGGUAACACCAUUAACUUUGUACAAGGCAACACACCUACAAUUAAUGGCCAAGAAAUUUCUGACCGAGGUUUUACAUCAGCUGGAACAAGGGUUUACAUUCACCUGACUGAAAAAUGGAUGGGAAAAGUGCAAGGCUUAUGUGGCAACUUUGAUCAGGAUUCUACGAAUGACUUUAUAUCAAGAUCUAAUUCUUUUGAACAUGUAGCUUCAGCGUUUGCCCACAGUUGGCGGCUGUAUGAUUGUCCCUUAAUUCCUCAAGACAAACCAGAAUACACAAUGCACCCUUGCGAUUUCUUUCCCUCCAGAAGGCAUUGGGCUAUGGAAAGUUGUGCUCCUAUCAAAUACGGCGGUACCUUUGCAUUAUGCCGAAACAAUUUGCCAGAUAAUGUAGUCGAAAUGUACUACGAUGACUGCAUCUAUGACGCUUGUGGAAGAUGUUCCGGUAGUGGUAUCGUUGUCAAAUGGAGAAAUAAUAACAGAUGCGCUGUGAUGUGCGAAGAGCCCAAAGUUUACCGAGAAUGUGGUCCAGCUAACCCUCGAACUUGUAAAGAUCUUUGGAUAGCACAUGAAGAAAAUUCUACAUAUUGUACAGAGGGAUGCCACUGUCCACUUGGUCAAGUUGAAGAUGGAGGAAAAUGUAUUCCUGAAGAAAGUUGCCCUUGUUUAUAUGAAGGAAAACUGUAUCCAUCAGGAACUAAAAUUUUCGUAGCUUCUUGCAAAAAUUGCACUUGUAAAAGUGGAAACAUGACAUGUGAUACCUGUAAAUGCCAUGAAGACGAGUUCCAAUGCGAAGAUGGUCAUUGUAUAAAUAAAACCAAGAUAUGUGAUGGAAAUAUGGACUGUUUUUCUGGAUCUGAUGAACAUGAUUGUGUUAUCCCAUCUUAUUCAACAGUAGUCAGUACACUAGAAGUUUCAACAAAUGUUCAAAAACCAGCAACAAGAUUGGUCUUCACAAUAUCUACCAUCACACAGAGACCAACUUAUGCUACAGGGUUGUGUGAUCAAUUAGAAGCGAUGAACGAUGAAUCUUUCAUCCCAGACACUGCCAUCUCACUCCAGCCGUCAGUUGGCAAUCCCGGUGACAUCAGACCCGAUUUUGGAUGGAGAACUAAUACGAAUGACACAAGGAUUAUCACAUUAGAUAUUGGCCCCAACUUAGAUGUUGGAGGUUCAAUUCGCCUUGUUCGACACGAGAAUGUGAAGUCCUAUACAGUUUUCAUAUCACAUCCUUCUGCAAAAAGACAAAUCCAGGAAUCAACUCCAGAUCGACCAGUUGCCAUUCCACAACAUAAUGGUCAAACCACGGUACAAAUUGAGCUUUCUCCAAUCGAUCCAACCCAAGAUAUGUUGGUAUCUCUCUCUGCAAAACUCUGUAAACACCCUAUCUCAACAACAACGGCACCAGUCACUUCAGCAACUGCAUCAACACUACCAACUACUCGUCCACGGUUGUGUGAUCUGUCAGAAUCGAUGAACGAUGAAUCUUUCAUGCCAGACACAGCCAUCUCUCUCAAUCCACCAGUUGGCAAUCCCGGUGACAUCAGACCAGAUGUUGGAUGGAUAACUAAUUCGAAAAGGGAGAGGUUUAUCACGUUAGAUAUUGGCCCAAAUCUAGAUGCUGGCGCUAUAAUUCGCCUUAUUCAACAUGUCAAUGUGAAAACGUAUACCAUUUUGUUAUCAAGUCCUAUUGCAAAUAAUACAUUCAAGACGUCCAGUCCAGAUAAAAUGGUUAACAUCCCACAAGGCAAUGGACAGACAACUGUAACAAUUGUACUACGUCCAUUGAAACCAAAUGAAGACAUGUUAGUAACUGUAUCUGCAAAACUCUGUAAACAGCCUAUCUCAACAGUAAUGCCAACAGUCACAUCACCACUUCCAUCGAGUGUACAAAGAACUAGUCCACGAAUUCUGAAUUCUCACAUCAACAAAUAUUUAUUUGUCGCUCAUUUUUCUCUUUAUAUCACUUCAAAUGUGUAUCUCGUUUGCAUCAAAAAUAUUGAAUAUAAAUCGUAUAAACUGAUGUCGUUCGUUUUAUACUUCCUUCAUCCGAUGCGUAUUUUAUAA